CAGCAGGCCGUGAAAAGCGGGGAGCCCUUGCCAGAAAGGGACUACUUGGCAGAACUGAUCCCGCCGCAGGUGCGACAGUGGGUGCAGGGCGUGUGGCGCCGGGUGCAGGCUUGGGAGCCGCCAUCUGCGUUCCGGGCCGUGCGCUACGGCGGAGCCAAGUUCAGCGAGCGGGACCGACGAGCCAUGGCGCGCUUCUUCAAGGUGGUCGACCUCAUGUCCGAUGGGCCGGACCAGUUCGGGGUGCCCUCUAGUGUCACCAUGAACUUCUCGCUCCUCAACAUCUGGCGAGCUCUGUGGGGCAACAUCAUUGACAGUGCAUCUACUUUCAUACCUGGUCUGAAUGUUACCUGGUUGUCUGGACACGAGUCCAAUGCACCGAAUGGUCCCACGUUGAGUGAUCAACCAGGAGUGGUGCCAACUCAGCUACUACCACAACUGGACAUUGGUGACCUUGUUGGACUCAACGCCACAAACGCCAACUUGGCCUUUUUCGUUGCUCGGCAACUGGUCAAGCUUCCUUUCUACGUCGGGCCCUUGGCAGGACUCCUAGGGCUACUAGGACUGAUCAAUCCGGCAAAACGAAAGGAUGAGGUUUGCAAAAGAGGCGAUGGAUCUUACGAAGACUGUCCGUGGUACAGACGAAUCGACUUCAUGGGUAUCUUUGAUGAAGACGAUGAUUCGGAGAGUGGACAGAGCAAGGGAAUUGAUGAGAACUGGUUGCCGCCACAGGACUUCGACUCACUUCAUGGCGGCGCCGGCGGGGCGGAUGUUGCGGCGGCUGAUGCUCAGAGCCGACAAACUCGGGAAUUUCAAUACAAUCGGCGCCCAGAAGUGCAAAACACUGUUUCCAUGUGGCGUCAAAUGCCCGUUGAAGAGCUGGGGAAUAGGAACAGGGUGAACAAUGAGGAAGUAAUGGGAAGAAACAAAUUCAUCAGCCAAAGGAACGGUAACCCUAGGAAUAACCAGAACAAGCGAAGAAGGCCCAACCCCCCUGAUUACACUGACGAAAUCGACGACUGGGCCCAGAAGCAGUUGGAUUCCGCCACCAGAGAAAAGCAGCCGUUCAUUCACCCACCCGGAAUGAUAGACGAUGGUGGAAAUGGCCGCUUUGUGAGUCACGUCCCCAUGAGAGUUGUGAGUGAAGAGGACGAUGAUCCGAAUGAGGAUGACCAGAUUGUGAUUGACCUACUCCAUCCACGGCAACACAACACCGACCCAGUGUCAAGUCCUGGAGAGCAGUUCGAUGCCACGGCCUACCAAGACGACCUCAUGCAGACGCCCGUCAGCACCCACAACGACCUCGGCACCAGCAGUCCCGGCCACCUGACCUCUUUGGGCCAGCAACUGGCCAACACGCAUGCUGCCAGUUACAGCAGUGGGUUCGCUGGGAACAGCUACUCAAACACAGCACAAUCCCAACCCCAGCAAUCGCUGCAGCUCGAGGAAUUCAAUGACUACUCAAUCAACCCGCAAGCAAAUCUUCAACGUCUCAACCAGCAACAGACAUCGUAUCAACAAGCCUCUGCUGCAUCCAACUUUUAUCCCAAUCAACAACAACAACAACAGCAAUCAAACCCAUCAGUGAAUCAAUAUUACCAACGUCGGGAAGACGUCAUGGCGUCUCCCGCCGGGGUAACCAACUACGGCGCCUCCAUUCUGACGAGCGGCGACCCCGGGACGCCAUCGGGCUACCAAGCCAGGUCUGCAUCAGUAGGGGACUCCGGCUAUAGCCAGCAAACGGGCUCCCAACAGGAUCAAAUGCCUGCCGGCAGCAACUCGGCCCCUCAGGGUUACCAGCCGAUUUACUCGGAGCCCUAUUCGGCGACAUCUUACAUCAACAUUACAAAGCUGCUUCAGUUUGAACCGCAUGCAAAC